AUGUUAGAUUAGCGUCAAACUUUAAGUGAUAUUAAAAAACUCAGAAAUACUCCUUACCUUUAUUACAAAUAAUACUAAUCUAUAGAUAAUAAUUAAGAUUACAAAUAACCAAAAAUGAUUGCUAGACCAAAUGUUAGGUAUUUGAUUAUUUAAUUUCUGAAUGUAGAUUCUCUCAUUUAUCAAUAAAUAUGAAAAUAUGUCCAAAUUAUAAUAACAACCAAACAAACUUCGACAAUCAAGUCAUUUACGUGAAAGAACUAAAACUUAGUCUAAUUACAGAGCCUUUAGUAUUAAUUAAAAACCUACUUCCAAUUCUAAAAGUCAGCCAGACUUGACUGAUGAAAAUGAUACCAAUUUUAUUCCCUAUAGACAAAGAAACAUUUCAUAAAAUAGUAUCUCCAUUUCAUAUGAAAAUUCUCAAAAAAAAUAGAGUUUUUUACCUACUAUGAAACAUUAAGAUCCCAUGUUACAGACUUUCGGAAAAUAACUUAUCAUAAUUAAACCUAAGAGAUUCCCAACUGAAAUAUUCUAAGGAAAUGUUAGCAAAAUGAAGAAGCAAUUCUAAUAAAAUUAUUGA